UUAAGUUCUGUGUUUUCAGCUGGUUCUGUGUUUUAUCGGUAGACAACUCCGGGACUGAGACAUGGGGCACGAAGGCUUGAACCCGGCGUGUUAGUAGAUUCACACUUUGCGGGUUUUGGGAGACCAAACUCGGUCUGGAGGUCUGUGGGGAAACAUUCUGCUCCAGCUGAGGGAAAACUUUUUAUUUCAACUGUUUGCUUUCCACAGAGGAAUAUUUUUAACACGGAAGCAGUUACCCUGUCCUCAGACCCAAACUAGCAUCUACAUUAAGGCCUGAACUCACUGUGUGAAGUUUUAUCUCUACACUCUUUCAUUAGUCCUUAUUUAGCUCACAUCUCACAAAUAUAACAUCCGGUUAAUUAAGUUCAGACAGCAAUAUUGCAAGAAUUUCUCAUUUGAAACGUCCCAUUAUCGCUGCUUCAUAAUCAAGCAAGGCAAAAAAAAAAUUCAACAAGGGAUACUGUAAUCUUAUUUCUUGUACUUCCACAGACAGAAUUGUUAGACCGUAAUACUAAAAAACGACUGAUAAUUAGCUUUUUUCAAGGCUGAUGCCCAUUGUCAGUAAUUAAGGCCACCAAUAAUUGAUAUUUGGAACUGACAGACAUUUGCAGUGAAAAUUAAAUUCUUGGUCUUCAAAUCCACAAUACCUUAAUUCACAUUUACUUCCAGCAUCUCAUUUAUAUCAUAGAAUUCUUGCUUUAAUCCACAAUAAAGACUAAUUGCAGUUAAUCAGGUAACCAGUAAGAUCAUUAAUGCAGAAAUAGGAUUACAUCAGUGUGUUAAACCGUUGAUCUGUUGUGUGAGAACAGAGAUGCGUAAACAUCCAUUUACUGUAACUGGAAGCUUCCGGUCAUGACUGAAGCAGCAGAGAGGAACUACAGUGUCAUCACGUUUCCUCUGCUGAUGAUAUUAUCUGGUAAAUAAUAAUCUCAGAGCCAUUAACCAGAUUAAAAAGCUGGGUUUGAAUUAAAUUUCCGUGUCACUUUUAAUUCAUAUUUCUGGGAAACCAAAAAGAAUAUUAAAGCUCUUCAUUGUUGAGCACAAAGUACUGGUCACAGAAAAUUAGUAACAAACAACACUGUUGGUUUGUGUUUUUUCUGCACUGCCUUAAUUUAUAAAAUAUUUUAUUGAAGAUGUUACACCAACUGUGUAUACAGUGAACCUCCAGCAUACAGAGAUAAGUUGGUCUUUAAUAGACAAAAAGUAAAGAAAAAAAAUCUAACAAACAGUUAUUACCACUGACUUAGAUUUCCAGAGUUCACCCAGUGAUUACAAAAAUAUACAUUAUGUGCAUUUAACAUGCAGUUAGUAGUUGAAUAGCAAAGGGUAAAUACAAGCCAGCUACCAAACAAAAACACAAAAAGAAAGGAGGAGAGGGUAACAUUUUUUACACUUUUACUCAUGACAUGUAACCAAGCAUGUGGUGCUGAAGGAAAGGCAUUGCUGAAGUCCACAGAGAAGUGACGACAGAUAGUGAGAGCUGGCUGCUUCUGAGUCAAGGUGUGGAGGAUGAACUCGGGCAAUGGCACCAAGAGGAAAGUCAGCAAGCAGCAGCAGCAGCAGCAGCAGCCUUUCAACACGAUGGUGGCAUCUGACCCCGAAACACUGGCUGAGAUACGAAGUCUUUUUAGUAAAGUUCGAACCUAUGUGAAGCCAUCCAGCGAGGAGUGGAGCAUCCCCGACCCAAAUGUUGCACUCAGACGCUCAGCAGAGGAGCACUGCCGUCUGCAGGCGCUGAAAGUGUCGCUGAACGGCGUGAAGAACCAGCUCAGUGACAAGAAUGUACAGGUGUGGCAUCAGCACACCAACUCCACCAAUCGGGCCGGGAAGGUGAUCGCUGCCGUACGUUCUGCUGCCAACGCAGAACUCUGCACUCAAGCCUGGUGUAAGUUCUACGAGAUCCUUGGAUCCUUUAAUCUUCUCCCAGAGGAGGCUCUUCAGAAUGGAGAGCUGAACACGGUCCACCUGUGUGAAGCUCCAGGAGCCUUUAUAACCGCUCUGAACCACUACAUGAAAACCAGUGAGUUCACGCGGUACUGUGACUGGAGCUGGGCCGCCAACACUCUCAACCCGUACCAUGAGGCUAACGGGGGAGGCACGACCAUCGCAGAUGAUCGGCUGAUCGCCAACACGCUGCCCUGGUGGUUCUUUGGCUCAGACAACACCGGCAACAUCAUGAUGCAGAAACAUUUGCUGGAUCUGCAGGCGUUUGUGUCAAACAUGCGUAGAGUUGAUUUGGUGACGGCAGAUGGAAGUUUUGACUGUCAGGAGAACCCUGAUGAGCAGGAGGCGCUGGUGGCUUCGCUGCAUUACUGCGAGGUCACAGCUGCACUGCUGCUCCUGAGCCCAGGAGGCUCCUUUGUACUGAAAAUGUUCACACUGUAUGAACACACCUCCGUCUGCUUACUCUACCUGCUGAACUGCUGUUUCCAAUCCGUCAACGUCUUCAAGCCCGCCACCAGCAAGGCAGGGAACUCUGAGGUUUAUGUUGUGUGUCUGAACUAUGAUGCCAAAGAGGCUGUGAGGCCCCUGCUGUCAAAACUGAUUCGUAAUUAUGGACCACAUCUGGCUGACCGAGAGGCACUUUUCCCGAGUUCUGUCCUCCCGGAGACGUUUCUGAAACAGCAUGAAGAAGUGUGCCUCUACUUCCACAAAGUGCAGGUGGAGACAAUCACAGAAAACCUGCAAAUGUUUGAGGAAAUGAGCACAGAGGAGCGGCAGCAGCUCGACCACAUCAGGGACUGUGUGGCUCACGAAUACCUGCAGCGCUUCCAGGUGAGUUUUCUCCCGAGGAGCUGCUGGAUCUCUCGUAACACGGUCAGUCCCGCCUGCUGCAGCGUCUCGGCUGGUCGACCUCUGGGACAGAAGAGGCAAACAGGCUCUUUCAAUGAGCGCAUGGAAUUGCAGACCCUGAGCUGGAGGGAGCGCAUUGAGAAAGGUUGUCAUGCCAGCUGGAUCCAGAGACACUGCACUGAGGACAGUGGGACGGGCUGCGUUUUAGAGGGACCCCUGUCCAGCUGCCACGUGGAUUCAUGGUAUGUGAUUGUUGGGGCAGCGCUGCCUGCUGUCAGAAACUCUCCGUUCUGUGAAGGAGGACUCUUAAACCACUUGAACGAAGCCCUGAUGGACACCGCUGUAGACUGGACCCGUGUUGCUCCCUGUGACUCCUGCCAUGUGGCUUGUGCGGCCUCCAUCUUGUCUGAGGUUGCAGGUCUUUGUGCCUUCAGCGUGGGGAACAAAAAAAAGAAACAAUGUCUGGUGGUUGGUGGCCGCUCAGUUUGGGGCGACUGUGAGAGCCAAAUUGGGGAUUUACUGUUAACAUUUUCUGCAGAGCCUUCAUUUCCUCCUGGAGGCUGCAUGUCGCUGCACGACGGCGAGCCGCUUUACCAGCAGCAGCUCGUCACUUGUGUCCUGUUUUCCCUGCAGACUCUGAGCUCUGGAGAUGCCCUGCUGCUGCCGGUGUUCUCCGCCCUCACUCGUGUCACUGCAGCUGUUGUGCUCUGCCUGCACACAUGUUUUCAGUCCGUCUCCUUCAGGUGCCCGCCCCCCCCUGCUGUGGUUGGGAUGCUGCUUGUGUGCAUAGACUUCUGCCCUGAAGCUGCUGCCCGAAUGCUGCCGGUUCUUAGCGACGUGCAGAGCUGCAUGAAUCAGUUAAAAGAAGAGGACACGGGUAAAAAGCAGCCUUGUGGAGGUGACAGACAGGUGCUGCAGUUUGUUCCCAUGGAGGAGCUGCUCACUGGAGGACUCACUGAGUUCCUGUGGACCAUGAACUCGGAAAUCAUCCAGCGGAAGCUGCAUCUGCUCAUGCAGUCAUAGAGCAGUUUAGUGAACUGUCACUCUGGGAUACAUGCUGUCAUUUCAGAAGCUGUCAGUCUGUUGUGUUGUUGUUGAAGCAGCAGACUGCACAGCUGUAUGAGCUUCCAGCAGUUAGUCACUGAAUCAUUUUGCAUGCUGAUACCUACGGAGCACUCGUGUGAUUGAACAUUACACUCCUAUAACGUCUGACUCUCAAUGGACAGAUUAAACAAGGAUUAACAGUGAACUAGCAAAAACAGAGAUUUCCUUUCUUCUUGCUCGUUAAAACCUGGUGCCUUCAGUACCCACAGCUCAGCAUGACCUUGGAUUUAAGCUCAUUUCUUUCAACUCCACACUUCGGAUAUUUUUCAUUCUCAGCCUUGUUGUUUUCAAGAAUAAUGCUGACUGUUGGAGGACAUUUAUCAGACUUUAUUUACUUGCUGUGAAGCCACACAGAGCUUCAUACAACCGAUGGCACAUUUUCAUUUACGACACAUAUCUUGGUAUAAGUGCAUUAGCUGAUAAACUACAAAAAGGCAGUAUAGAAAAAUGAAAGAUCUUGACAUGAUACAUUCUGUUUGAAUUCAUUUAGAAACUCUGUCACUGGGGAGUUUAUUUUUCAUCUGUAGAAUGUCUUGUUCAUUUAAUUUCUUAGACACAGUUAUUUACUGACCAAACUGAAUAGAUCUAACUUUAAGGAGAAUAUAUUUAAUUUGGAUAUACAUACUUUUCUCAUUGAGCUUUGAUAAACAAAAUAAACAUUUAGUUCAUCACGUGUUGCCCAAGUCCUACGCUGGAAUUCCGAAGUCAAUACAGAUAUUCAUUUAUUUCAUUAUUUUAACGGAAAAUCCAGUAAUGAUUUGUUGUUAUAGAUUCAUAUUUGGUUAUUAAAUAACAGAACUUAUUUGAUAAUGGACUGAACAGAGUGUUUCAGAGUUCAUAAAUACAGAUGUCCAACCCAUGA